AAUCUCUCUCUCUCUUCUCCUUCAGUCAAGGCUCAUUAUUUGGAAUGUCCAUAAAAUUUACAAGCAAAUUGAUGAUAUCUAAUCAAAAUAUCUUCCUUGUAUGUUCUUCACGACCACGACACUUUUAUCAGGGCUUCGUUUCUGUUUAAUUAUCUCAAAAGUCGUUUCUUUCCUUUAUCAGCAAAGCAAUAUUGUUUACCGCUGUUAAAUCCAAGCAAGAAAGAAUAUAUGUUCAGAGUCAGGAAGGAAAAUCUUGAGUGUCUCAAUGCGCGUCAUUUGAAGUCCCUUAGUAAAAUAUUUAUUUGCGUCACGACACAUGAUAAUACAUACUUUAUGUGCAUUUCUUACUAUUGUAGAUUGUAAAAUUUAGGUAUUUGCUGUGAUAUUCCAAGUACUAGUCUUUUUCUUGCAGAGAUUUCUCAAAAUCAUAUUUAGUUUGAAGGUAAAAUUUGGGUAAUUAUUAUGUUAUUUAAUUGUCCAAGGUUUCAUUCAAAUUUACGGUUACAUCUACAUAGAAUCUCAAAGUAUUUCUUUAAAAUCACGGGUCAUUUUUCGCGAAUAACACACUUAAACUAUCACUUUCAGUCAUCCCAAUGGAGAAUAAUGCAGCAAAUACGAAUUCACUGGUUUAUGAUUUUAUAAUCUCCCAGAGUUGAAGUAUUUUAUUACAGUAUCGCCAAGAGACACACAACGAAAAAUCCCGCGAAUACAGCGAAGGAGAGGAAAAUAAAACGUAUUCACCAACACACUCGGACGCUCUCUACGUAUCGUAUGGAUCGCCCUCGUUCUUGCUCUGCUAGGUUUUAUGUUAAUUUCAGUUUCACAUCAAACGUGAACGAGUCAAGUCGUGAGCAACAGCACGUAAACCAUCUAUUUCACUUUAAAGACAGAAGAGAUUUUUCAUUCCAAAAGUGAGAUUUUUCAUCUUUUCCUACUUUGGGGCCAAAUAAAGACAGAACAACGCAGUGAAUUAGAUUUACUGUACAGUUUUGUGUACAAAGUGGACAAGAGAACUUUGUUGUAAACAAUUAUUCAAGGCAUAAAGAAGCUGAAAUGUGCCUCGUAUAGGAGCAAAUAGCGCCAGAAAUAACAAAAAUUCGACGUAAACACAGCAAAAAGCUGAACAACAUCGCCAUCGAGCAGCAAAAGCGGUGACAAGUGGGAGUAAAACAGCAAGAAAAUAAUGGAUGUCUACAAUGCAUACUUGGGCGACUGCAUGAGCUACUCGUCCAUGAGGAGUCCAGUGUACAGGGACUUCGAGAAGUUCCCCUAUGGCACCCUGGAGUCAUCCUUCAAGCCCACCAACGCGUCCUCGGCUGCCACCUCAUAUUACAACCAAGGAGGCAACAACAAGCGAGCCGCCAACAAAGGAGUGGUGGACAAAGUGCGCAAAGAAUCUUGUCCCUUUUGCAAAGAGCAGAAGAAACGUCCAUUAAUUGCUUACAUUCGUAAGCGUGAGAAUCGCCAGCAGAAGGAAUCCAUCUGCGAGGCUGAUGAGCAUGAGGAAUAAAUGCACUUAUUUUGUUUGAUACAAAAUUACUCACAUUUUUCCCCUAAAAACCGUCACAAACUAACAAAAAAAAAGUAUAUAAUUCGGCUCAUUAUACUGUGUAUAAGGGAGAUUUUGAUGAAAAUAUUUACAACACAAGAAAUAUAAUAUUAAUAUUUUGUGCAGAUGUGUAAAAUAAGAUAAAAGAAAUAUUUAUAAUGGAAAUAUAAACUUUAUAUACAACUUUUACUUAACAUUCGUUAUUGAAUCAAAACAUUUUUACUGAUGUUGUAAAUUUAAGAGAUAAUGAAAUAAUAAUAAAUAUAAUAAAACGUUGAUUGAACUUUUUCCAGCAAAAUCAAUUGCCUUUGUAAUAAAGACUGAAUGUAUAGUGAGAAAAAUGUAAAUUGUUUUGCGAAAUAAUCUGGAAAAUAUGUAAAUGUUGGAAACUUUUUCUGGUACUUAAUGGAUAUUUUUUUCCCAUAAUUAAUAAUAUAAAAUAAAAAUCCCAGUUUAUGAAAUAAA